GCUGCGUCGUCCGGUGAGCUCCUUCCAGAGCCAAAAUAUAAGCCGGCUUCACCUUCAGUGCGCCGAGGGCGAAGUCGUGUUUCUUAUUUAUAUAUAUAUAUAUAUAUAUAUAUUUUUUUUUUGUUAUUGGUGAAAGCCGUGUAGCACACACGACAAGCGUUUUGUUGUGUUUUUAUUCGGCGUUUUUCCGCCAUUUUAAAAGGCUAUCCUUGACCGGAUGUAGAUUGGGGGUAUAAUUCCGCACCGCACCCCCCCCUCACAGACUCUUCCGUUUAUUCGCUGCACUGUGCGUUAGAUUCCUGCUCGCUGAAAUCACGCAUCACCAUGUCGGACGAGGGGAAACUGUUCGUCGGGGGCCUGAGCUUCGACACCAACGAGGACACGCUCGCCGAGGCGUUCGGCAAGUACGGGGCCAUCGAGAAAGUCGACGUGAUCCGGGACCGGGAAUCCGGUAACUCUCGCGGCUUCGGCUUCGUGAAAUUCGAGAACGUGGAGGACGCCAAAGACGCGCAGGAGGGCAUGCACGGCAAGACCCUGGACGGCCGCGCCAUCCGCGUGGACGAAGCGGGGAAGGGCGGGCGCGCCCGAGGAGGCUUCGGCGGUAGAGAAUCGCGAGGCGGUGGCGGAGGCGGAGGAUAUGGGAGAGGCGGCGGCGGCGGCUACAAUAGCGAUAGGAGCUACGGGGACCGAGGCUUCCAGUCCGAGGGGCGGUAUGGCGGAAACACGUACAGGAGCGGCGGAGGCGGCGGCGGUAGCGGCGGACGCGACAGCCGCGGCGGUAGCGGUUACUACAGAGGCCGGUCUCAGGGUGGAUACGAGGACCGCAACUCCUCGUACAGGGAGGGGUACGACAGCUACACCGGCAACGAGUAAACGACCCGGGGCGACGUACUCGCGUGGCCCGGAACACGCGCAAACAAAGAUGUCCGCGUGUUUAUUGCCGAGCUUCGUUUUGUAAUUAUUUUGUUGUCGCUCGAGCAUCUUAAAGAAAGAAAUGUACACCUGAGUUUUUUUUUUUUUUUUUCAUUCCUUAAAUUAACAAUGUUACAAAUUCCACCACCCCGCACCCAAAAAAAAAGAUUAUUCUAUUUCCUCUACACCAGAAUUCUAAUGUGUACAGGUGCAGGAUUACCGCACGCGCACCUGUUAAUGUUCCACUAAAAACCAGUUCCACCGGACACUGGUUUGAAGUGGCACCAUGGCCACAGAUGGUGUUGUCAGAAAUACCAUCAAGACUACGUUUGAGAUAUCUGGAAUGCAAUUCCAGAUAUACAAUCCUAUAAAUAUCAACACGUGAAUUUUAUUUGCUAAAUUAAAUGUGUCAUACCUGUAAUUUAGGACCAUUUGUAGAUGUAUACAAUGGACAUUGCUAUCGGUGAGAAUUUAUUUAUCACUAAUUAACAUUUUGACUAGUGGCAAUUGAGAUGCCUCAUCAGAAUUGCAGCUAGUUACAUAUUACAUUUUGGAUAUAUUGACUUGGAAUUGUGAAACGUGAAAUUAAAGAUGUGUGAUUUAAUUUGAAGAGAAGUCAAUGGUAAAAGUGGACUGGUUUAAUUAAGCUCCAGAUAUCUACAAUGAUCCACGAUUUAUGAAUAUCAAGAAUUCAAAAUUUUUGACAGAAUUAAUUGAUAUGUUUAAAUGUAAUUGCUACUAAAAAUCACAUAGUUGGCUUGGAAUUGUAAAUACAAGUAUUGUUUAAUGCUAUAACCGCUAUAUGUUAAGUGCUGGCCAUCGUACCAGUAUAUUUUGGGAAUUGUCCAAAUCAUAACGAGUAAAGACUUGUUAAGUCACUGGUUUGCUACGAUGCCUUUCAGCUCACACGGGGACGACAAACAACACCCCCCCCCCCCCCUCAAAAACAAUGUUUACACUGUCUAUUUAUUAAAACGAGAUGAAAAAAAGUAUUGAUGCGCAUAUCAGUUUAUUUGACGUGGAAGGAUGCAGAAGGACAAGUUAUCAGAUUUACACUGCUGUUAUUUAAAUAAAAGAAAACAAAAAUCCACUC